AUGUAUGCGGCGCUGACGUGCUUGUAUGCGAGUCAAGUCUUCAGCAUCCGCUCAGCCCGCUUAGAUUUCUCCUGGCAAAUUAUAGAUGCGCACCUGACCUGGACGUUCUUCCUCGCGUCCGGCGCGGAGAUGGCUAUCGACUUCAUGAUCUCCUUUGCCGUCUUUGCGUCUUUCCUGCGGUUCUACACCGGGAUCAAACGAUUGGACCUGUUGAUCCGGACCAUCGUGGUCUUUGCACUCAGCACGGGCUCGCUCAACGUCAUCCUAUCGACUUGCAGCAUCAUCCUCUUCAGUGUGCUUCCGUCGAGCUACGCGUUCAUCGCCGUGUUCUGGGUCUUCAACCAACUCGAGAUCUGCUCGUUUUUCGCCGUGCUCAACGCCGAGAAGGAGCUCGUGCACCGGUCGCUGAACCACGCCCGGCUCGCGCGCGGGGCGGCGGGCGAGACGAUCCAGCUCACGACGAGGGUCGAGCUCGGCUCGUUCGCGGGCACGCUGCCGCCGUCGAUGGGCGGCGUGGAGGAGGGCGAAUGCGUCGGGCUCGUCGGAGGCGAGAGCGUGUGCGAGGACGGCGGCCAGGCUCCUACCCAGCCGUCGAUUCGAGUUAAGUGGCCGCGGCGCUGA